GCCACCUACAGAAGAUAUUUGAUCUUGUGACAGAUGUAUCUUUUUCAAACUCCCCAGGAACAUCUGGGGACAUUUUGAGACAAAAAGAACCAAAAUUGAUCUACCUUUUUAGGGACCCUAUAGGCAAAGCUUUAAUGGGGAGGAGAAAAUGAUCUUGUGUAUAGUUUUACUUAAAUUUUUAUUUUGAGUAAUUGUAUUUCUAACUUAGAUAUGAGUAUGUGGAUUUUCAUGAUUUUCUCUGGGCCUCUGUGCAAAUCUAGCCUUAGGCGGGUGCCUGGAUCCAAACCUGCGGCCGCAUAUUGAUGGCAAAUGGAAGGGCAGCCACAUACACUUCAUUAGUGUGACAACUCAAAAAGUAUAUUAUUGAUCUUUCCAAAUUUCACACGUAUGAAGUUCUAGAAUUGGUAAUUUUGAGACAAAUCACACCAAAACAAAGCAGCACCCCUUAUUGCAGCAAAAAGAAGGGUAAUUAGAGAAGACACUUAAUCUUGUGAAUGUGAAAACUCAAAAAGUAUUUGAUGGAUUGCAUUGCCAAUUAAAAAAAAAUAAUUAUAUGGAAGAAGGUCUAUGCCAGAUUUCAUUUAGAGGCUAAUCACACCAAAUUGAAGCAUCACUAGGUGGCAGCAAAGGAAGGAAAGGGGGGCAGCUGCAGAAGACCGUUAACAUUGUGAACACAUUAACUGUAAAAUUGAAUUAUCUUUUUCAAAUUCCCUUGGGACAUUGUAUAGGCGAUGAUUUGGCACUGGUUUAUUUGAGACAAAUGGAAGCAGUGACACUUAGCUGUGUCCCAUAAAAGGACAGCCAGAGACACAGAUCUAGGGAUCCUGAUUACGCUGAGACAAAGAUUUCUUUGCAGUGGUGUGGAGAGUGUGUUGGGGUGUGGAAGGAGUAGGGAUUAGAUGGAGGGAAUGACGGGGCCACCCGAGAAAUACAUUGUAUUUACUACAGUAUGAAAAAUUUAAAUGUGAUACCGUAGAAUGCAAUAAAACAAGUCAUAGUCGCCAUGCAAAGGUUAUGUUUUUAAAUACUUAUGUUCACGUAAGACUUAAACGGUAGGUAAAUGGAUUCCAGUAGCGUUGUGUUGAAAUUAACAAUAAAAGCGAACUAACCUGACAGCUACCUUACUCAAAUUACUGAGCACAGAUUAAGAUCUUUAGGUUUUGCUCGAGUCGUCUGCCUUUGUUUUUAUUUUUUGUAGAGACAUCUUUGAAAAGCUGUUACUUGGUUUCAUUUCAAUAUGUUACAUCUGACUGCAGUACGCCGCGAAGCGUGUAACCGGUACGGAUUGUAUUUAUCGACAGUUGACGUCACUUUUAUUUUGAAGCAUGUAACCGGAAGUCUUGCCGCUCGGUUUAUUCACGCUAUUCGAACGACAGCAAGCGGCACUAAUAUGACUGGUCAGUCGAGAGGACCGAAGGUGCUUGUAUUUCUGAGAAUUGCAUUUCUAAGCUUAAUACUGGUCUUGGUUGUCCUGCUACUUGUUGCUACGAUCCGGACGUUUUCACUGGAUGUUAAUUCCGGGCUUCAGCUCGGAAAAUGGGAGAGAACAGCCAUUAUCCCAGAGCAUAUAAGCGCAGCACAGAGAGAGCAGCUCCUAAGCAAUCUGAAAGAGGCCAUCCAGAUUCCCACCGUGUCAUUUGCGGAGAACGACCUGAACACGACCGCGCUGCAGGAGUUCGGGCGCUUCCUGCAAAGAGUGUUUCCUGCAGUGUUCUCUUCUCCUCUGGUGAAGCAUGAGGUGGUGUCCAACUACAGCCACCUCUUCUGGAUGCCAGGCUCGGACUCCUCCCUGCAGCCUUACAUGCUGCUUGCCCACAUCGAUGUGGUUCCUGCCACGGAGAGCGACGGGUGGGAUGCUCCACCUUUCUCCGGAGAGGAGAUAGACGGGUUCAUAUAUGGCCGGGGAACCAUCGACGACAAGAAUUCCGUUGUGGGAAUUUUGCAGGCACUGGAGUACUUGGUCGAGCGCGGUUACGUACCCAGACGUGGCUUCUAUGUUGGACUGGGUCAUGAUGAAGAGGUGGGGGGCCACAACGGAGCCAAGAGCAUUGUGAAGUUGCUGGAGUCGCGAGGGGUCAGCCUGGCUUUUGUCCUGGAUGAAGGUCUGGCUCUUCUGGAUGGAGUCAUCAGUAACCUGCAGGGGCCAGUUGCUCUAAUCGGAGUCACAGAGAAGGGGCAGGCCACGGUGAAGCUCAGCGUCACCGCCCUCCCCGGCCACUCCUCCAUACCUCCCAGAGAAACCAGCAUCGGCAUCCUUGCUGGUGCAGUUACUAGACUUGAGAAGAAUCCCAUGCCUAUGCUGUUUGGCUACGGUCCCGAGCGCAGCAUGUUCGAGCAUCUUGCGUACAAGUUUACCCUCCCGCUGAAGUUUAUCAUGUCCAACUUGUGGCUGUUUUCUCCCCUGCUUGGAAGGAUAAUGGAAAGGAGGCCGGAAAUGAAUGCUUUUGUCCGUACGACCACUGCUGUCUCCGUGUUCCACGGAGGGGUUAAGGUUAACAUCAUACCUCCAUAUGCAGAGGCAUUUGUGAAUUUCCGCAUCCACCCUGCACAGACAUUACAGGAGGUACUAGAGCUAAUCAACGGGAUGGUGGAUGACGAACGAGUGAAUAUUGAACUGGUGGAUGGAUUUGACCCGCUGCCUGUAAGCUCCUACGAUGACGAGUCCUUUGGGUACCAGCUGAUCAAGAAAACGGUCCUGGAUAUGUUCCCACAUGUGACAGUGGCCCCAGGGUUGUGCAUCGGAAACACAGACAGUCGUCAUUACACUACGCUGACCAAAAACGUAUACCGCUUUGCCCCUGUCUGGUUUAAACCAGGGGACACAAAGAGGUUUCAUGGCGUGAACGAGAGAAUCGGCAUAAAGAAUUACGAAGACUCUGUGUUUUUCUACUUCAAGUUCAUCCAGAACUGCGACGUCAGGGAGCUGCCGGAGCCCCACGGCAGCCUGCACGAGCUGUGAAGCUCGCGGGCCGCUGAAGCUCCGUCGCUGUUUCAGCGAGGUGUAACGCUACUGCAGAUGAGGGGUGACGGUGGUGUGGCUCCCUGCGAAGGGGGCCCUAAGCUCAUACACCACCCACUCACUUUGGCCUGAUGCUGCUAAUACCUGCUGACGCGAUACAUUUUGACUGAAAUUCUAAGAUAUGUUAAACCUAAAUCUAGUUUGUGUUGGAAAUUGUUCUACUGAAAUAGCUGCAUCUUCAAUUGAUCGUGUGAUGUCUAAGCUCAGGGUUCUGUCCUUAAAGUCCUUAAAGUCUUUUUAAAAUAUUAAAUUUAAGGCCUUAAUUGCUAUUAAAGUGUCUUAAAUCCAUCUGUUAAGCAUAUGAAAAAUGGCACAAGCUUGGAAAAUAACAAUGAUUUACCAUGUU